CAAGUCUGUCCCACCAAAGUAAAACCCAACCUCGCUCUGUUCCACCCCCUGACUUGCUGGGGAAUAGCUGACUGCAAGGGCAGAGCUGGGAGAGGAGGAACUGGGAGAGGAGGAACAGGGAUCAGACUCUGUUCUGGGGGAGACGCUGGGUUUGGUGUAGGAGAACGUCCUUUCUUCUUUCAGGAAAAAGCACCCAGGGGGAAGAGGGAAGACUGCUCCAGAUUUGAUUUUGCCGGGUGGGAGGAGGCUUGAUAUCCCAGCCCAUCUCAACAACUAGCGGUGCCAAAAGCAGGAACCCAGGAACAGUGUCUGAGGAGUUACCUCAGAGACUCCUGCAGCAGUGGGACCCUCCACCGGAGCAAAGCAGGCACACAGCAAUCACCUGCUGAGGCAAGGGAAAUAAAUAAAAUGUUGGCAGCCUAUUUUGAUUGCCCAGGAGGCCCAGAAAAUCUCUAUGUGAAACAAGUGAUGAAACCACAUCCAGGAGAAGGAGAAGUUCUUGUGAAGGUCUCUGCCAGUGCUCUGAAUAGGGCUGAUUUACUCCAGAGGAGAGGGAAGUAUCCGCCCCCCAAAGGAGCAAGUGAUAUUUUAGGCUUAGAAGCAGCUGGGAGUGUGGCUGGGCUUGGACCUGGCUGCAAGGGCCGGUGGAAGGUUGGCGAUGCAGUGAUGGCUCUGCUCUCUGGAGGUGGCCAGGCAGAAUACGUUACAGUACCCGAAGGCUACCUGAUGCCGAUUCCCAAUGAUAUGUCUUUUAUUCAGGCUGCAGCCAUUCCCGAAGCCUGGUUAACCGCCUUUCAGCUGCUGCAUUUUGUAGGUAAAGUACAGAAGGACGAGAGAGUGUUGAUCCAUGCCGGAGCUAGUGGAGUUGGUAUGGCAGCCAUCCAGCUGGUAAGACUGGCAAAAGCUAUUCCCAUCGUGACAGCAGGAACUCAAGAGAAACUGAAGGCAACAGCAAAGGCCGGAGCAGCUGCAGGGUUCAACUACAAGAAUGAAGAUUUUAGUGAAAAGGUCUUAGCGUUCACUCAAGGUUCUGGGGUAGAUAUUAUUUUAGACUGUGUUGGUGGCUCAUACUGGGAGAAGAAUCUCAACUGUCUGAGUACUGAUGGCCGGUGGAUUAUUUAUGGACUACUGAGUGGGGGUGAAGUACAUGGAGAUUUGCUUGCAAGGCUGCUUUCCAGAAGAGCAAGCAUCCAUACAAGUCUAUUACGAUCACGAGGCAAGGAGGCAAGUAAUGGCUAUCAACAAUGUAUACAGUUUGAUCUUAAGAUUGAUGAUGGUGAACUUUCUUUUGAUACAGAUACAGUGUUACUUUCUUUUGAUAUAGUGUUAAAGCAGAACCUAACUUAUUAUUACUAAAACACCACCUUGAAUUGUUACUGCAUACUUUGGAAAACAUUGCAAAAUUAAGUUAUAAUUUCCCUUUUCUAUUUUUAUUAAAUGCCUCCCUUUUACAACUAUAGAAUCAGAGGAAUGAUACCCAGGACUUCUUAACAUACUUCAUGAGUGCUUAAAGACUUGGCCUAAGAAGAAACAAAACACAAGUGAUGAAGCAAUGAUUUAGUCUGGGGGGUGGGAAAGAAAAAGGUCUAUUAGAUCAUUUUUUAAAGGAGAAACCAAGGCCAUUUGGAUGCCCAGAAAUUACCCAGGCAAAUCACUUUAUGUGAAAAAUUCUCAGGUUAUUACAGUAAAAGACAGCAGUGCAGAGCCCUAGGAUAGAUUCUGUCCAUGGUUUAAUACAUAAUGUUCUCAAGAGCUUUUAUCAGUUUGAGUUUAAAUGGUUCUGCAUUGUGCUUAUACCCCUUGUUUUGGAGAAUUUAAUUCAAUUAUAAUAUAAUAAAACUAAAAGCUUUCUUCUUGUUUGUAAUUUA